GCGGGUGCAAAUGUGAUCAAGUGUUCCAUUCGCUGUUUUUGUCCUUCCAGCGCCGGCAACACGAGGGUCAGAUUCUGUAGAAUUGCAAGCGCUUUUCUAAGACGACAGCAUACAAAGCCCAUGAAAGAUGACAAUGUUCAGGACAUCAUUUCCUCAAGACAAAGAAAAUAUUUCAAAGAGCAAGAAAUUAGACCUCUUUCAGACUUUUUAACUGACAAGUUUGGAAGACAUCACACAUAUCUUAGAAUUUCACUAACAGAAAAAUGCAAUCUAAGAUGUCAAUACUGUAUGCCAGAGGAAGGUGUGGAACUGUCUCCAAACUCAGAACUUUUAACAACAGAAGAAGUUGUAUCUUUGGCAAAAUUAUUUGUCAGGGAAGGAGUCAACAAAAUCAGACUUACUGGUGGUGAACCUUUGGUGCGCAAGGAUAUUGUUGAACUUUGUGAGGAACUUGGAAGAAUAGAGGGCCUUGAAACUUUAGCAAUGACAACAAAUGGCAUUACACUUGCAAGAAAGCUACCACAACUAAAAAAAGCUGGACUUAACUUACUAAACAUCAGCCUUGAUACCUUAGUGCCACAGAAAUUUGAGUUUAUUACGAGAAGAAAAGGCUGGCACAAGGUUAUGGAAUCCGUUGACUCUGCUUUAGAGCUUGGCUAUGACCCAGUUAAGGUGAAUUGUGUGGUAAUGAGAGGAUUGAAUGAAGAUGAAGUCUGUAACUUUGUGGAAAUGACACAGAAUAAGGUUAUAGAUGUGAGGUUCAUAGAAUACAUGCCAUUUGAUGGUAACAAGUGGAACUUCAAGAAGUUUGUUCCAUUCAGUGAGAUGUUGGAGAGCAUAUCUCAGAGAUGGCCAAAUGUUGAGAAGGUGUCAGACCAUCCUAAUGAUACCUCAAAGGCAUACAAGGUUCCUGGUUUCGCUGGUCAGUUUGGGUUUAUCACCUCUAUGAGUGAGCAUUUUUGCGGAAGCUGUAACAGGCUGAGAAUCACAGCAGAUGGGAAUUUAAAGGUUUGUUUGUUUGGUAACUCUGAAGUAUCUUUGCGAGAUUCUCUUCGAGCAGGAACCGGUGAAGAGGAGCUUUUAGAGAUCAUCGGUGCUGCAGUAGGGAGGAAGAAGAAACAACAUGCAGGAAUGUUCAACAUCGCUAAACAAAAGAAUCGCCCAAUGAUUCUCAUUGGCGGGUGACAACCAAACAGAAACUACAUCCAUUUUCAGAUGUACAAGAAGUAUGUGGCAUGGCAGAUGAGCUAGGUUUUUAUGGGUUAUACUACCUAAAAAGUAGAGCAAUUUUCAUUUGAAUAAUCAGUGUUUGCAGUAGUUUGGCUCUACAUUGCUCUGUGAUUGGUCUUAAAAAACUUAUGCCACCUUCUCAUCCAAUCAGAUGCAGAACCAAAACAAAUCCAGACUCAUUGAUUUCACUAGUGCUUUUCCAGGCCUCAAGCAAGGGGCUUGUUUUUACUUUGAGUUUGAAUUUGUUCAUUGUGAUAUUUCAAAUCCCUUAACCAGCUGCUCUGAUAACUUUUGGUUUUAAUUCAGUGUCACUAAAUUGAAAAGAGCUCUAACUAACUGUAAACACCAAUAGACAGAGGUGCACUGGCAGAUAAGCAGCACUGGCAGUAGCCCACAAUGGUAGAUGAGCUACACUGACUGAUAAGCCUAAUGAAAAUGAUUAACCCUUAACAUGCUAAUUUUCUCCAAACUAUUUUCUUUACAUUUCUUAAGGUGCUGACAUGACCUUAAUGUUUAAUUUGGCGGCGAUACUAUUAAGAGAAAUGAGAUGCAUGUCACUCUAAGAGUGUAAAAGAUUAAUGUGUUAGUUUGCUUGAAAGACUCAGGAAUUUUCAUAAAUUGUGUUUUUCAUAAAAUUUCAUAAAAAGAGUAAAUUUAUGAAAAUUUGCAGCACAUUUUCAAGAUGUUCUUGCAGAAGAGCCACACCCUUAUUUGUUACAAAAUUUGUGGGUGACUUACCAUAUCCACCAGUGUUUUAAUUUACAUUAGUUUGCUAUUAUAACAAGGUAAAUACUAUCACAAGGAUAGUUGAUGAAUCAUUUAUGCAAAAAGAUACUGAGGUGUGUAAAUGUUUUUUAUGUAACUGUUAAAUGACGAUUCAAAAUAGUCCACACAUUUAGUGAUCGUUAUAUUCAUAUAAAAUAUAGGUGUACAUAUCUGUGGAAGAAAAUAAUUAUGGUAAUUGUAUUGUCACUUGAACACAUUGAUAUUGAAUGUACAUUACAUAUAUCUACUCAAAGUAUAUGUUAAAAAUUAUGGAAUUAAAUUUAUCUCGCCCAAGGGUUCUUACGAAUAUGCAGACAGAGGAAUCAUGCAUGCAUUUGACAAGAGUAAAACACAUGAGUUGUGAGCCAUCAUCCUUUAAUGAUACUGUUAAUUAUGAAAUAAUUGGUUAAUAUUUUGAAGAAUAUUAUUUUUCUGUCCUCAAGCAAUGUUAUGUGCAUGUGUGAAUUUAAGAUAGUGAAUGAUUAUUUUUUGAAGGAUGCAGAGUCCUUACAGUUAUCCCUUUACACCCAAACAUCAGUAUGCAUAUUCUCCAUACUGUUCUCUAUACAUUUCCUUAGGUGCUGACAAGGAGAAUUUGUUUAACAAUCAAAGCUUCUUUAGUUGGUGAUCAUUUACUUUAUUCUUGUGACCUUACUUUUUAAUUCAGGGGUGAUAUUAUAUAAAGAAACUAGAAGCUAGUCACUCUUAUGGGUAUAGGGUUGAUGCACUGGCCAGGGCCUGGUUGUUCAAAGUCUGUUUGGCACUAACCCAGGGUUAAAUUUUAAUCUGGAUUUCUGUAUAAUUUCCUCGAUUCGUUUUAGGAAAUCCAAUCAUAAAAUUGUAGUCAAAGGAUUGUUAUUGAAUUUUCUUUUAAAGUUUUCAAAUCUGAAAUCAGAUUUCACAAUAACCCUGGGUUAUCUUAACCCAGCUUUGAACAACUAGGCCCUGGACUCUGGAUAGAGAGGUCUGGGUUCCAGUCGUGGUUCUGUCACACCGUGAGAGCACUCCAGGUCUAAGUCAAUCAAAGCACAAACAUUUUAAAUGUUUUAACUUAUUUACCCUUGUUAAUGGACUAGUUAGUAUUCAUAAUUUAAUCAGAAUUUUUACAAAGUGAGUAUUUUUCUUAUUAUCUAUCAUAAACUUGUCAGAAAGGCAUAUAUCUUUCAUGUUAUACCAUGAUGAUAUUAAUAUUAUUAUUAUCAAGAUCAUCAUCAUCAUCAUCGUUAUUAUUAUUAUCAUUAUUGAAUUUUGAGAAAAAAAAUUAUUACUAGGAAAUAUAUGAUUGUAAUUUGUUUGUGUGAAAUGAAAACCUCAAGGAUUAAAGUUUUGAACUGGCGGAAAAUUUAUUACUGUAAUACAGCCAGCACGUAAAGUAGGUAUACUUUCUAGCGAGUAAGGGCCAAAUUUUUUUGUCGCUCUCCCUCGCCAAGGUAAGCCACGCGCAGGCUGUGCCUACUGCGCGUAACAAUCAGAUCUUGGGAGUUAAAGGGUUAGUAUGUACUUUUGAAUAAAAUGAAACUACACUGAA